AAACACGAUAAUUCGCAAGGUAAUUGACCAAAGAAGGUUCAGUUGUGGUAUCAAAAUGGACGUAACUGGUCCCAUCGAGCACUCAGUAGCUUCGAAAAAAGUGAAGCACAAAUUUUUCCAGUGGACGACCAAAUGGUGCUACGCGCAUGUGGACCAGAGCACGGAGAAGCCCGACGUGGCCAGCGUGGUGUGCCUCCUGCAGGCGUUGGGAUGUCAGCUGAGGGAGUACGAGAAAAACAAUAAUCCGGCCGAUGAGCUGAAGAGUAAUUCGUUAAAAAUUGUGCUGGAGUGUGGGACCUCGAGAAUGAGGGCUGUUUUAGAACUGGAUGAUGUCAAUUGUCAGUGCUUGAGACCCGAGGACGCGAAGGAUGCUUCUCUCUGGAGCGUGUGUGGUAGAGCUCCCACUGCAAGUUGUGAGAGCAUCAAUAAAUUCGAAGAAACUGGGAGCAAUCUCCUGCCCCAAGUCUCCAAGGAUGAUCGCGCCAUGAUUCACGAUGUGCUCUGUCAUCUCCUCGAGACGAUAAAUUUCAAAUCAGAAAAUCAGAACAAAAAUUCAACCUUCAACCUGAGUAGUUCUAAAACUUCCUUGAGUUCGUCAUCGUCAAUUGAUAAAUCCGAGGCUUUCACACGCGCCCUGACGCAGCCAGAGAUUUAUCGACUGAAGGAGGGCAGAAGCAUCAUAAGAACUCCAUCGGAGAUUUCCCUCACCGACAGACACCUAUCGAUGAGUAUCCAGAACAUCGCAAACCUCAUCGAGACCACGCCAACUCCUCCCAGCACGAAGACUCCUCCGCGGCUCCAGCGUCAGAUGACCUGGGGCAUGGACUCGAAGAGCGAGAGCGAGCCUCGUCCCUCUCCCCCCAAGAUAUCGAGCUCACCCGUUGUCCUCAGCGAUCUGUGCACCUCGUUAGGACAAGUGUCCCUUCCGAGUGACGAUGAGACUCUGAAUCUCACCGAGUGCCUGAGGAGAAUUAAAUUUUACACUGAUAAAGCACUGAUCCUCUACAGGAGAUGUUCCCCACUGCCUGAUAAUGAUAACGCAUUCGUGAAAACGAAGAUAGUGAAGCCGAAAGCGAGUCCAGGUCGUGUAAACUUGACGUCCAGUUCAAUCAAUUCGAGUCCAGGUAGCCUUUCCUCAAGUAGAUUGACGAUUCAAAAACCAAUGACACGUCGAAGUAUUGGGGCUCCUGUUACCUCCAAGCAGAUGUCUGUUCUUAAAACUACACCCACCAAGCUGUCCCCCCGGAGGCAGAGCAUUGGAAGUACAUUUCAGCCGGGUAUGAAAUUGGCAAUAGCCGGUUCCCUGAAAAAUACCACUAUCCAGAAGAAGAUUUUCAGUAAACCCAGCCCAUCCACUAGCUCAAACUCCUCAUUAUUGAGUGUUGACUCUCGAGGUCUCCCGACAAAACGAAGGAUCUCACCAGAUCCCAAGAGUCACAGUCCACUGGUCAACAAACCAGGGUUGGCCCACCUCAAGACAUUAACGCCCAAAGCCCCAGGUGGAGGCAACAGAUCCCUCAGCGGAAUUCCUCUGGGAACUGCAGGGCACGCGGCUUGUGUACCUGGUAGCUCUUCCAGAACAGAUGGUUCGAACACUCUGGGCAGAAAAACUGCCAUUGGAGGGUCCAAACUCCCUACCACGAGGAAGUAAACAUGGGGAUGUGGAGAAGGAUGAUUCAAUUGAGUAAAUAAAUUCACCGUGUGCUUCGGUGAAGGGAGACAUCACGGGCAGGUGGACUUUUUUUUUCAGUUACUGGAAAUUUUUUCAUGAUUUUUUUUCUCACUGUAAAUUUAUGAUUUAGGAGGUCAUUAAACUUUUCACCCUCGAUCUCAUCGGGGAUAUUUUUGAAUGAUAAUAUAUCUAUGAACGUAGGGUUGCAUUUAAAUGAUGAAAUAUUGCAUGUGCUUAGUUUAUUGUCGUGUAAAGUACGCAAUUUCGUUCAGAAUAAAAUAUUGUUUUAGUUCA